CCCACUGUGUACACUGUAGCUAGUGGUUGACUUAUGUUUUUUGUAAUAAGGUUUGCAUUUUGUGAAUGUGGUCUGUCUGUGUAAGACUGUGGAAUGUGGGGAUGAGUGGAGAAUUUCCUUGAAUCACGUUUACUGAACCAUGUUAAGUGGUAGUCAUUUGAAAGCUCUCAAUGAACACUGAAUACCCAUAAUUAUCAUCACACCCUCACACAACACACACCUGCCCACACACAGGCACUGGGCGUACUACUGUUCAAGCUGUGCUUCAUGGAUACUCCAUUUGGUGACAACCCUCUAGCCAUAGUCAGUGCUCAGUACAGCAUUCCUGAAGACUCUCCCUACACACAAGACCUGCACAACUUCAUAGGCUACCUGUUAACCUCUGACCCUGAGCUGUGUCCCAGUAUCUGGCAAGUGUGUGAGGUGGUGUCCAGGAUCACAGGAACCACCAACCAUGUCACUAAUGUCUGUCGUUCCCCUUGUCCGCCAAAUACUCUCCCUUCUCCAAAAAAAAGCUUGUUCUGUUGCUAAGAAACCAACCAACCAAUCAAAACUCUCCGUUACUGUCACCCCCCAUUAACAUUAUUGCUACAGCAGUUACCACGACAACCAUUUGAUCUCAAGAUCGACCUCGGAAGAGGUCGCUGGUCAAAUUCGCCAUGGCAACAACGAGUAUCGAAUCUGAAGCCGUCCAAUCAGAAUGCAGGAUUCAUUAGAGCGUAGACAGUGGACUUUUGGUUAUGUCCCGUUCACUCCACAAAGAAUAGGAUCAGAGACCAACCUGACCACAGUGACUGGCAGUCCAUUUCCUACGGAUGACUUUGGUAGCACUCCAUUAAUUUUGACGGACGUUCCUCUACCUGCCCUCUUAUAAUACUGCUAACAAUGCAAGACGAGAUUUGUUUGGAGCACCCCCCUUUGGAGAGGGUUCAAAGGUUAUGGCGACAAUGACAACUGUAGAUCAAUUUGAAGCAGUUCCUUUUAGCUGAAUUUUUAAUAUUUUAUUUUUCCGUCUGUUUAGUAUAAUUAUUAUUUAUAAGUGUUGUUUUGUGUGUAGUAGGAUCGAUCACAUGACUUGACUAUUGACUGUGUCGGUAUAAUUAUUAUAAAUGAUGUUCAGUGCUUUACUUCAUAUGCAAUAUCUUUGUUGAAAGAGUAAUUAAGUUUUUAUGGCCGGAAGCUUAAAGACCCUUGAAAUACAAAAAGAGGGUGUGGCACUUAAUUUGCUUUGUUUACUGAGGGGCGAAUUUGACAGAGUUUGAAAGAAGCUUCAAUGGCUGAACAAGAUUCAGAUGCUCAAAAGAAGCUAGCCGAGGACUUAUACUGGGCUGUACUCAAUAAUGACGUCAUCAAAGUGCGGUCCCUGUUGGGACAGGGGGCAGACCCCAACCACCAGCUCUACUGGAGUGACGAGUGGGUGGGUAAGGAGCCUCCAUUACACAGGGCUUGCUGGAGGGGCUACCUUGAGAUUGUGAAGACACUUGUUACUCAUGGAGCUCGUACUGAUGAAGCUGGUGGGUGGCCUAACUUGAUUCCAUUUCACUGGGCAUGCUGGGGAGGUGACAAAGAGGUGGUCAAGUACUUUUUCCGCGAGCUUGGAUUUAGCACUGAUGUGAGGGAUAAGGAUAACAAGACUCAUCUUCACUGGGCUUGUGGGGGAGGAAGUAUAGACGUGGUACAGUAUCUGGUGGAGGAGAAGAAGAUGGAUGUUGAUGUGAGGGAUGAUAAGGGACAGUCGCCACUGGACAAAGCUUUGUAUGAUGGUUGUGUGGAUGUUUCCCUCUACCUGAUGAGCCGUGGCUGUGGUAGUGACGAGGACAAAGCCAAGUUACUCUGUGCAGCAUGUCACUAUGGCAACCUGGGUGUGGUGAAGGAACUGGUUGAGCUACACACGGUUGACCCCAAGAAUGUGAGGGAUGAUAAGGGACAGUCACCACUGGACAAAGCUCUGGGAGGUCUUGAUUAUGAUGAUUAUUAUGUGGAUGUUUCCCUCUACCUGAUGAGCCGUGGCUGUGGUAGUGAUGAGGACAAAGCCAAGUUACUCUGUGCAGCAUGUCACUAUGGCAACCUGGGUGUGGUGAAGGAACUGGUUGAGCUACACACGGUUGACCCCAAGAAUGUGAGGGAUGAUGAGGGACAGUCACCACUGGACAUAGCUAUGGAUUCUUGGUUGUAUAGACGUGAGGAUGUUGCCCUCUACCUGAUGAGCCGUGGCUGUGGUAGUGAUGAGGACAAAGCCGAGUUUCUGUGUGCAGCAUGUGACGAUGGCAACCUGGAUGUGGUGCAGAAACUGGUUGAGCUACACAAAGUUGACCCCAAGAAUGUGAGGGAUGAUGUGGGACAGUCACCACUGGACAAUGCUCUGGGAGGUCUGUAUACUGCUGAUUAUAGACUAAAUGCUUGUUGUGUGGAUGUUUCCCUCUACCUGAUGAGCCGUGGCUGUGCAUGUGGUGAUAAGGACAAAGCCAAGUUACUCUGUGCAGCGUGUUGCUGUGGCGACCUGGAUGCGGUGAAGGAACUGGUUGAGCUACACAAAGUUGACCCCAAGAAUGCGAGGAAUGAUGAGGGACGGUCACCACUGGAAAAAGCUAUAGAGAAUUUGUAUAAGAAUUUGUUUGAAUAUGAAGUUGAUAAUUGUGUGGAUGUUUAUGAUUUUGAUGAUUGUGUGGAUGUUGCCCUCUACCUGAUGAGCCGUGGCUGUGGUGAUGAUGAGGACAAAGCCAGGUUACUGUGUGCAGUAUGUGAACAUGGCAACCUGAAUGUGGUGAAAGAACUGGUUGAGCAACACAAAGUUGACCCCAAUGUGACGAAUUAUGACAACCAGACCCCUCUCCACAUUGCAUGCUGCCAGGGACACAAAGAUAUGGUGUGGUACUUGGUGGAGAAGGCCAACUGUGAUAUCACUACCUCAAGUCUCUACCACAACAAUCUGCUGUGACUGGAGACACUGACUCCAGGAGUGUCGAGAAUGGACCACCACCAACAGAGAAACAAAAAGUGACCUCUGACCCUCUCUCUGGUCAACAGACACCCAGUGCUGGCAAUGAACAACCAGAAACAACUGAUACUCCAAAUGGUUCCAAACAUCCUUCCACGUCAAAGGAAGGCCCUAACCCAAUCAAUAUUCAAAACCGAACCUACUUGAAAAAACUGGAUGAGCUGAUUGCCGACACAAGUGGUACAAUAGAGCUACACUAUCUCAAGACGCACUUCAUUGGUCCCUCGGGUCUUGGAAAAACGACCACUCGACAGCGGCUUGUUGGAUCCAUUACUAACCUGUCUUUGCUGCCCGAAGAUCAAAGGAAACGUUGCAGUACAUUACUAGCCGAGUGUGAACAAGUAUUGGCCUUUGUUGACAAAUCUGGAACCAAGCUUGAAUUCAAAGCAUCUUCAAGUCUAGAGGAAGAAACACAGUUUAUCUUCUCUUACCUUAUGUCCUGUGAACCUAUUGAAGACAGCACUGUCAGUCCACUUAAGGAACAGCCCACAAAAGAAACUACUGACCCAAAGAAGCAAACUCAACUCAAGAUUGAUGAAGCUUCUACUGCACCCAAAGAAACGGUAUCACCAACACCUGGGCCAACACCAGAACCACCGGAAAAGGUCGUAAAAGUGACCACUGUAGAUGUUGAAAAGGUUGUUUCGAGACUUCGGAGUAUUGUGGGUUCAGGAGAGUACACUAAUGAGCUGCUGAACAAAGUCCUACUCAAUCUGGUCGAUAUAGGUGGGCAGCCCGGAUUCGUGGAGAUGUUUCCAUUUCUAAGCAAAGGCGCAGGGAUUUUCCUGGUAUUUUUUCGACUGGACAAAGACCUCGAUGACAUGUGUCAAGUCUCCUACGAACGAGGAAAGGACAAGAUCACACCGUACGAUUCAACUUACACAAACAGAGAAACGCUCUGUCAAAUCCUCUCAGCUAUCAGCCAUCAUACCAAGAUUGACUCGGAUAUUGACAUAGAGCUAUGUAGUAAACUGGGCAAUCUAGGCUCUGCUAAGCCUGUUGCUACCCUCAUAGGUACUUUCAAGGAUGAACUGACAAUGCAAAUCAAAGUCGAUCUUCUGUACGAGAAAUAUAGUGCCUCCACAAAAGCUGUCUGCAAGAGCGAUAGUACCACUGCCAGCAAGAGCCUAGAAGAACACGAACAAAAGAAAGCAAUUCAGGACAUUUUGACUCAACAGAAGAGUGAUGAGCAAGCUAAUGUCAGUGCAGAAGAUAUGGCUGCUAUUGAGCAAACAGUCAGCCAACACCUCAGCUCAGACGCUUUCAAUAAAUGUGUCCAAGACCGUUUAGAGCAAAAGUUGACGGAGAAAAACGAAGCCGUGAGCACGAUUACCAGCAAGUUUGAGGAUUUACUUUCUAACCCAAAAGACAAGAAGUUCAUAGCAGUGGACAACUACGAAGGCACUGAUUCUGAUAUGGAAGCUCUUCGUAAACAUAUUUAUGGCUUAUUCAGAAGCUAUUUCAAAGAUGCCAAGCUUCGAAUUCGUCCACAACAGCUUUUGUUUGGAGUUGUACUGAGAAAAGAGUUUAACAUUGUGUCUAUGGCAGAUUGCAUUCGUAUCGGUACCAAGGGGUUAAAGAUGAGAGAGGAGGAGGUUCGAUUCACCGUUUGGUACCUGGAUCGGUACGUUGGAGCUUUGAUCUAUCGUCCAGAGAUCGAGGACAAAGAUGGUUGGUUUGGGAACUUUGUCAUUUGCAACCCCCAAGUAGUAUUCAACAGCCUCAGUGUUCUCGUUGUCAAUCCGCUGCUGGAGCUCCAUUCUAAAGAGAGCAGUAUUCACUUCAAGGAAGCUGAGAGAAGGAAUUGGAUACUGAAGGGGCAAUUCUCACUGAAAACAAUCACUCGAUGCCAUUUGGAAGAAAACCAGGGUGUGAAGAAAGACCAGUUGAUUCCUGUUGAGAAGCUGCUCAUACUGCUUGAGCAUUCCCAUCUUUUGGCCAAAAUCACAGCAGUAGUGAAGGAAGGCCAUACCACUGAAAAAAUCGAAACGAUGUAUUUCAUCCCUGCUAUUCUCAAGUGUGCAUCUCCCGAGGAACUAACGAAACCACCCCCCCUCACUGGCAUUGAUACACCCUCUCCAAUCAAGAUCACAUUUGAGCCCCAAUACGUUCCCACUGGAAUAUUCUGUGCCAUGAUCAGUGAUUUGGUCUCAAAGGGGAAUAAAGGCAAAGGCAUUCUGGGCAUGACUUGGAAACUUGCCACCGAUUCUCCAGUAAAGAGAAACCUCGUCUCCUUUCACAUUGACGAAUCUGCCAAGCAUUUUGUUACCCUGAUUUCUCAGGUUGAUAGCUACGAAAUACGGAUUAUUCGACAGGAUAGAAAGUACACAAUGCACGAUCUUUGUUCCUACGUCCUCUCAACCCUCCUGUUGGUGAUGAAGGAUAUUAGUCCACUACUCACUCCGAUUAUUGCCUUCGACUGCUACUGUGGCAAACAUGAAGAUGGUUCCAAGCUUUGCCUCCUCACAACAGGAAGAUACCCAAGCUUUAAAUGUACCAGUGAUUCCGAAAUCUCUCUUAGUCUUCACCAAGAGUGCUGGUUUGCAAAAGAAGUCAGCCUGGGAGAUGAUGUUACUCUCCUCGCCCUGCCCUUUGCUGAGGACCUAGAUCCAAGCCUUUCUUUCAAGUGGAGGAAGAGAAGUCCGGAAAUUAGCGGGACUAAAAAAGAAUUGGAAUUCAAGGCUUUGUCAAAUGAUCAUUUUGAGGGCUUUAUCAGUUGUGAGAUCUCCAAGAACCAGCAUUUCUUCACCGUGUACCACUGCCUGAGAAACAGAGUCGGAUUUUCAUCAGAGAAGGAUACCAGCAAUGGAGACCAGCCGAUUGUUCUGACUGGAGCGGAUAUUAAUACAAUUUGUGAGAGUCUGAAAACUGCCAGCUAUAAUUGGUUCAACCUGGGACUGGCCCUCGGGGUGAACUAUUACGUGAUGGAGAAUAUUCAAGAUCGAUACCAAGAUAACGAUCGCCGCCUAAUGAAGAUGGUAGCCAAGCGUCUUGAAGUCACUGAUCCAGAACAUCCGAUGACAUGGCCUUACAUAUGUGAAUGUCUAAGGAGGCCUACUGUUGAGCGUAACGAUGUAGCCGAGGAAAUUGAAGACAAGUAUGUGAGGACAGCAACUGAGUUGCUCAUAGUGCCACCAAUUGAUCAUGAGAACCUGACAAAAUACUGGAAAGGGACGAAUAAAGAUGUCAAGUAAAGAAGCAUGCAAGAAUGUCAAGUAAAGAACUAACUCUGUGUUGACUAUAAGUACUGACUAUUAUAAUGCUCUGUGUUCUGUGUAUGUGUGCAUACAUGUAUAUAAUUAUACCAUCACCUUCUAUUUUUAUA